CGCUUCUACCCACGCAUCGCGGCCUUCAAGCAGGCCUGAGAGAAAAGCCCAUGCACUGCUGGCAACCCUGGACCACUAGCAAACGCCGACCCGCCGCUAUAUUACAGAUGCCGAGGGCGGAGGCUGGAAACAUACGCAACUACCGCGGUUUCUGGGCCUCCUCACCCGCCAGCUCCCGCUACCAAAGAAUACGUGCCCGACGGGCAGCAGCCUCCCGUUCGCAGCCCGCGCACCCCCCCGGGGCGGGCAGCGCAGCUCCACCCCCGACGCCGCCCGCACGGCGCCGACACUGCCCGCGCAUGCGCGGCCUCGCCGGGGUUUCCGGUAACGACGCGGGAGGCGCUGGCGGCGCGGCAGGGAGCAGGGUGAAGGGUGCGGGAGCAGCGGUGAUGGACGCCGCGGGGCUUGCGGCCGCCGUGGUCCUGUCCAGCCUGCUGCUCGUGCUGCCCCUACGCUGUGUAGGCCAAACUAAUCUGAGGAGUCCAGAGGAUAUUCAGGUCUAUGCUGUAGAUAAAAAUUUCACUCUAAGGUGGAACUACACUGGGAGUGAUGCCAACGUGACAUUUUCAGCAGAAUACCAGUGGUUUACAGAUUUUCAGACAAAAGUAACAGAAUGGAAGGAGUUGCCUGGGUGUCAAAAUGUUACUCGCACAGAAUGUGACUUUUCCUCAGCCAUAACCCAAUACUACAAUGAGCAUCGUGUGCGUGUAAGGGCUGAGAGAAGGGGAGAAGUGUCUCCAUGGUCUAGCAUUUUUGAAAUGGUUCCAUAUUUUAUAGCUCAGAUCAGUCCCCCAGGAAUAGAGUUGCAGUCCACAAAUGGAGUCAUAAAAGUUAAAGUUUCUCCGCCAGAAGCAGAUCAGGUCCAAAAAAUGUGGAUAAGUGAUAUACAUUUUAAAUAUAAUGCAGUUAUCUGGGAAAAUUCCUCAAAUGCAGUGUCCAGAAGUCAAAGUAUUUUUCCUACUGAUGUAAUUGAUGAUCUUGCUCCAGACACCACUUACUGUUUGAAAGUUCAAGCAACUAUUCCUUUGGACUUGAAAGAAGGAUUAUUCAGUCCCAUUCAAUGUGUCAAAACCACCCGUAAAGUGAAUGACCUACUUUGUGCAACAAAUGUGAGCGUUCUUGCUGUGAACAUGAAAUUUUAUCUACAUUGGAGGAAUCGGUAUAAACAACAUACAAGCUACAACGUGCAGUGUCUCACUGGGUAUCUAAAGAAGCUUCAUGAUGAUUACUCAGUGAAGUGGUUCAAUGUACCUGGAUGUGAAAACAUCACUGACACACAAUGCGAUUUAUCACCUGUUAUCACUGCUACUUCUGGAUUUUAUUAUAUCCGUGUGCAGGCCAUGAGUGAAUAUAAUAGAUCAUGUUUGUCUAAUGAAGUAAAAGUAGAUCCUCUGAUAACAAAUGAAAUAGGCCCCCCUGGUGUAAAGCUGGACAUCAAUGAUGUUUUCCUCCACAUCCAAAUUUCUCCUCCAGGAGGACCUGAGAGUGAAGUCUGGAGGGAUCAUUAUGACUUGUCCUACAGGAUUCUGUAUUGGAAGAAUUCGUCUAAUAAUGAGGAGGAAAUCAAAGUUAAAGAGAUAAAACAGACAAUAGGGUCAGUUUCUGAUCUAACACCUUCAACUUUGUACUGUGUAAAAGUACAAGCACUCUCAAGAGUUUACAACAAAAGCAGUCCUUACAGCAAAGAGGAAUGCAUCGAAACACCCAGAGAUAAACUUUUACCUCUGAUCAUUCUAGCAACAUUUGUAUCUGCACUGAUUGCUGUCUUGGUUUUGGCCACGCUGCUUGUUUUUGCCCUGUAUCAAGCCUACAAUAAAAUCAAAUACGUCUUCUUUCCAUCAUGCCAACCUCCUUUGAACAUAGAGGGUUUUACAGGACAGCUCUUCAGGAGUCCUUAUUUGCCAACUAGAGAAGAACCAAUAGAAAACUGUUCUAUAAUAGAGACUAUCAUAACAGAAGAAGCAAACCAAAUUGAUUUUAAAGACUAUAAGCAUUCUAAACAGAGCAGUCGAGAUUCAGGAAAUUACUCUAACGAUGACGAUAAUUCAGGGAACAAAACAUCAGAAGAAACACAAGAAAAGGAAAUGGUAUGAAUUUUAAGAAAAUAAGAUUUGUACAUGGAGCUGGAAGCAUAAUAAACACUUCACUUUUUUUAUUGUGAAAGUCAUUGCCAGGAGGACAUUGUGACUUUGAAAUCUUUGUCUUCAGAUUUCCAAACCUGCACUUUAUUAGCAGGAAGUUACAUAGCCUCUUUGCUGCAAGCUGCCUGAAGUUAAAACACAAUUGACUUCUUGUACCUUACGCCAUUUUGACUGUCUUUUCAUCACGUGGUACAAAGAAUAUCAUCUGUGUAAAGGGAAGUGAAUCUGGAUACUUCAUAUACUUGAACCCACUACCCUCAGCAAAAUCCUGCUCUGCUUGCCAGAAGAGUUUCUUGCUGUCUUAGAGGUGCCAGUAUGUACUGUGACAGAAGCCUUAAAUUCCUGUAUUGAACCUUACAAUGUUUACACAGGCAGAAGGAAAUAGUUGCUGUACAUAAUUUAAAGAACUUUUCUGACAUUCUCUUCCAAGCUCCCUUGGGGCAGUGCUUUUUGACCCAGCAGGUGCAGAGUAAAAGAUGCAGAGAGAUGGUAUGAGGUGGCUCCUUGGUGAGGUGGCUCUCCUGAGCCUCCUUGUAGAAUUCCGUGUAGCUGUGGCUUCAGGAUGCUCCCAGUGCCCGCUUGCCUGUUCACAUACCUGUAUGCCUGCAUCACGGUGCUCUUCAUUCACAGCACUCUGGUAAUCUGGGCAUGGAUGGGGAGGGAAGAAGACAGGAAGGAGGUUCACUUUACUGUAAAGAAAAAUUUCAUACUGAAAGCUCUUUGUAAAUAGAGGUUAGAUCAAAUUGUUCUGCACUGCAUUUAGGAUAAAAAACAACAAAGGUCCAAACUAGAUGUAUGCUGCGGGAAGAAGCUAAAUAAUACUGUAAUGACAAGGCAUGUUAAGAGGCAUAUAUGUAAUCAAUAUUUUUUUCCAUGGCUAAAUAACCAGGAGUGUAAGAUAUUUACUUCUAAUGGAAUUGUAUUUAGAGAUGGGAAUCUCUUAACAAGGAAAAAACUUCCUCUGUAAUUGGAAGGACCCAUCAAAGUAGAGAAAAUGCCUUUUAACAAAUGCUGAAGAUGCUUGUCAUUCAGAGCUUUUUCAGCUUAGCCUCAUUUUGCCAACAGUACAAAUUAUGUGGAUAUGCUGCAGUAAUGUUUCAAUUUACAUACCAGAUUCUUCCUAUGAUGUAACCUUUCUGAGUAGCUUUUUUUAAUGAAGAAAUUGGUUUAGAGUAAACUGGUUUGGAGCUUCACGUGGGCUAUUGUUUGUUGUAACAAGCAACUGUUGGGUCUCUUUAAUUUUGAAGAUGUGAUCUAAUUUUAUAAAUUUUAUGUCCCUUUGUUCAUUGAAGAACAUAUUAAUAAAUUUUGCACAUUUACAUCUA